AAUUACAAAUACUAUUACUUUUGUACUUAUUAUGUAAAUAUUUUUGAAUUCAUCUUUUGUAUUCUUUUAGUAAUUUGUCAUUGGUAAAUCGUCAAUGGCUUUUAGUUAAUUCCAAUAGUAUUUGUGUUGUUUUCAUUAAAAAUUAAAUAGCAAAAUAUUAUUCUCUUAGAUUACAUAAGUUACAUUACAUUUGUGAAAUACUUCCAGAAGGACUAGGUAUCGUCGAAAUCAUGGAAAAAUCUUUUAUUGUAGAAAAUAAUUUUCUCAACUUGAACGACGAUCCUAUUCAUUUUGAUCCCGUAAGCGUGAGCAAAACCACAAAUGUUUUCUACGAUGAAGUCACCGAACAGAUUAUCACGGUGCAUUCCGGGGAAAUGACAGAAAUAAUCGUCACAUCGUGUACCCGAUGUAGAGAGAACUUGGUUUUUAAAAUCGAAGACCGUGGCCCCGUGUCGUCAAUUAAAUUGUCUAUGGACAGCAAAAUUCUGACAAUGAUGCGAACGAUGCUAUCCAUCGAAUUAAUGGACAUAAAAGACAACACUUUGGAAAGUCCUUAUUUUCUGUAUUGCAAAUUUAAAGCGGCCAAAUUGUUGGGGUUCAUUUGGACUGGCAAAAGUGAAAUAUUGUUGAUCAGCGACAAGGGCGUAGAACUCUAUCAGGUCGAAGGACUAGGACCGAAACAGAGGACUAUAUUUUUGAAAUCCAUCAACUUGACCAUCAAUUGGUUUACGUAUUCUCCGCAAAACAAAAUUUUGCUGUUGUCGACAAACUCGUUUGGCGACGUACAACCGCUUCACAUUCACCCCGGCAACGUCGCCAAACUAUCCAAAUUAGAAAUCGAGUUUGACAACAUGUCCAAUUUACGUAACCAAAUAAUUAGCGAACGAAACAUAGUCUUGACAAACGUUUACAACAUUCUCAGAGUGUUGGUGUUGCCGACUAACCAGAGUAGAAACGAAAUCAUUGUCUACACUCUGAACAAAAUGAUGACAUUUAAAAAAUCUCACGUGUUGAAGCUCGUCUACAAUGGGAAACUGUUAAUAAACGUUGUGGAUAAUUUAAUUAUCGUUCAUUAUCAACAUACAAAAUGUUCUUCUGUGUUUGACAUUUACAUGGAGGCCGCUAAAGAAAACACUAUACCGUGCUAUUUGCCAAUUUUAGAUAACGUCGUCAUUCAACGAUCGUUUUCCAAAGAAAAUGAUCUACAACGCAUCUCCGACAUCUAUUCCGCCAUUUGCAUUUCAUUUCAACCAAAUAUUAUCAUCGAUGCAAAAUCUGGAUACUUGUGGCAUUUGAAAUUGAACGUAACCGAGAUUUCAAAAAGUUUUCUUAAUAAAUGCUCGUUAAUCGAUUUCCUUCUGUUGCGGUCGACAUCCAAAGAAAGUAUAAUGGAGGUUUUACAAGACAUGAUUCUACACAGGAAAAGUGAUAUGAUCGAGAUCGGCAACGUCUUUGAUCAUUUAAACAUUGUUUACAAAAGACAUCUGAACACUCACGUAAUGGUCAACAGUCCGUUGUCGCACGACUUUAUGAUUGUCGCCGAAUCGUUGCGAUGUAAAGUCGUCGUCGAACAAUUUGAUGUAUACAAAAAUGUAUUCACUAAACUAGUAGACCAUUUAGACGACACAAACAGUGACAGGAAAUACGCCGUUUCCAUUCUAGUCGAGUAUAUAAGAUCGUUAACCGACGCUAAAAUAACGGUUGAACAUUUCCUGUACGAAUUGCUCAUAAAUUGUUUGGUAAUGAACAAAAUGUACUAUCAACUACAUCAAAUGGUACAGUAUCAUAUUUUCGCCGACUCUAAGCCUUUGGCAUGUCUACUAUUGUCGUUGGAAACGCUUUAUCCUCCGGCACAUCAAAUCGCUUUGGACAUGUUGCACCGACUCAAUACGGCUCACGAAGAAAUCGCAGAAGUGUUGUUGUCUAGAAAAGAAGUCAUUCCUGCUAUGAGGUAUAUGUCGACACACAGGAUGUUGGACCAUUCGACCUAUAGGAAAUUAGUGGAAGUCGCAAAUUCCACCGAUGACCCGAAAAUCGUCCAUUCUACGAACGAAGAGUUUGCCCAGCGUAGAUUAACUGCGUCGUCGAGCGAUAUCGCCUCAAAGACAUUUUAACAUUUUUAAGGCUAUUAAUUAUCAUUAUUAAUCGCUAUUUGCGCUUAGUAAUUUGUUACCAAUGUAUUUUUAUUUUUUUAUGUUAUUGUUAAAAAUAUACACUGUUUACUAUGUUUUACUUAUUAGAUUUUUGUUUUAAUAAAUGUCAUAAUUUUAUCCUGAUAUAUAAAUAUAU